UUUUCGAAAAUGAGGCUAAGCUAGGCACCGGUAUUAUCAAUAAUGGCUUCUCCAGCAGCAUCAACAAGUAAACAAAGAGAUGAAUACUGUUGUGUGCCAUUUUGUAAUGGCAAUGCCAGAACUAAUAAAGAGUUGAGUUUUCAUCAUAUACCAUCAGAAAAGAAAAUGCUAACAAGAAAACAGUGGAUUGUUGCAAUCCGUAGAGAUGAAGGUGAAUUUUUCAAGAUUGGAGGAAAUACAGUGGUAUGUUCCAAACAUUUCAAGAAGGAAGAUUACCGCUGGACUCCUAACAGAAAAUGUCUCAAACCAGAAGCUGUUCCAUCUGUCUUUGAUUGGAAAUUAAAUGAAAGCAGCAGAAAGGCCCCCACAUCAAGACAGUCCCUUUUCAAAAAGAUGAAAGUUGACGAUCGUGAAGAUGAAGAUGAAAUGGUUGUAGAGGAUAGUGUCUGUGAAGUUCACAAUUCACAAAGUGUUCAUCAUGAAAAUGACAUGAGUUGUGAUUCUAACAUUCAUGCUGACUGUCUUGAGAAAAUUGAGAAACUGGAACAUGUGGUACAGCAAAAGGACUCUGAACUUAAAGACAAGACCUAUGAGCUCGCAAGUUUAAACCAGAAAUUACAAAUGGAACGGUUCGGAGUAACAAGAUUUUCUUACGACCAUGAAAUGAUAGAGUUUUAUACUGGAUUUCCAACUUUUGAUUUAUUUUUAAUUUUCUAUUCUGCUAUCAAGCCUACUGCAACAAGAAUGAAAACUGUGUAUUAUAAGUCUUCUGAGGAACCCAGCAAUAGAGGACGUCCAAAGUCAAUGGAUCCUAUUGAUGAACUGUUUAUGUUUUUAUGUAGGUUAAGGUGUGGUUUUCUGACUGAGGACUUGUCAGUAAGAUUUAACAUUCAUGCAUCAACAGUAAGCAGAAAAAUAAUAACUUGGACAAAUUAUUUAUAUUUCAUAUUGGGUGGCAUUAAUAUCUGGCCUAGUAGGGGUAAAAUAAUGGAGCAUAUGCCACAGGACUUCAAACUUCUGUACCCUAACACGCGUGUGAUAAUAGACUGUACCGAAAUUUUUACAGAAAGACCUUCUUCUUUAGCCUUGGCGUCAAAAACUUUUUCAUCAUACAAAAGUCACAACACCUGGAAAGGACUGGUCGGAAUAUCGCCACAUGGUGCUAUCACUUUCAUUUCUGCAUUAUAUUCUGGAUGUAUGUCUGACAUAGAAAUUACCAAGCAUAGUGGACUUAUUGACUUAUUAGAACCAGGAGACCAAAUAAUGGCGGAUAAAGGGUUUAUUUUAAAUAAAUUACUUAAAGAUACAGGUGUGUCAAUAGCUACGCCACACUUCCUUUGCAGUGAUGGACAGUUUACACCGUCACAAAUUGAGGACAAUCAAAAAAUUGCAUCCUUAAGAAUACAUGUUGAGCGGCAUAUAAAGCGGGCUAAAGAAUAUAGACUUUUACAGUAUACAGUCCCACUUUCAUUAGCUGGAUCUGUGAAUCAGUUAUGGACUGUUGCUAAUCUAUUGACUCUGUUCAGAAGACCAUUAAUUAAGCAAAAAAACUAA